GAUCGAGACCGGUCCUCCAGAGAUGUGAGGCAAGGUUUACACUUGAUCAAGCAAAACAAACAAGUGCGCGGAAAAACGGCAGCCGAGGAUAACAGAGGCCCAAACCAUCUGGAUUAUAUUUCAACAACCGGUCCACAAAUGAGCAACAGAUGAAUUUCAUGAGGUCCUGUCAGCUGAUUAAAGAGGAGUGACCAAUUCAUCCUCCUCUUGUUGCACUCAAUCUAAAGGGCCAGUGAGGCUGAAGAGGCAUCCCUUCAGCCCGCCUCACCUUGUCACUAUUUCCUCUCAGAGUUGGUCCCCCAAAAGGUUUCAAAACUGUUUCUCCAACGCUUUUUCCAGAAACUUAGACUGUUUUCCAAAGCAGAAGCAGCACAGCCCUCCCAGACUGAGGUGAUGGGAAGCGUGCGAGCCAGCCGCUACAGCAUUGUGUCAUCAGAGGAGGACGGCAUGAAGCUUGCCACUAUGGCAGUACCAAACGGCUACGGGAAUGGCAAGGGCAAGGUGCAAACUAGGCACCAGCCGCAAAGCAGAUUUGUAAAGAAAGAUGGUCACUGCAAUGUGCAGUUCAUCAACAUGAGCGAGAAAGGUCAGCGGUACUUGGCUGACAUCUUCACUACGUGCGUGGACAUCCGCUGGAGGUGGAUGUUCAUCAUCUUCUGCCUCGCCUUCCUCCUGUCGUGGCUUUUCUUUGGCUGCAUCUUCUGGCUGGUAGCCAUCUUCCACGGGGACUUGGAAAGUAACUCUACGAAGUGCGUCUCCAACGUGAGCAGCUUCACCGCUGCCUUCCUGUUCUCCAUUGAGACUCAAACUACUAUCGGGUACGGUUACAGAUAUGUAACAGACGAGUGCCCCGUCGCUGUCUUCAUGGUGGUUUUCCAAAGCAUUGUGGGCUGCAUUAUUGACGCCUUCAUCAUCGGCGCUGUCAUGGCAAAGAUGGCAAAACCCAAGAAGAGGAAUGAAACGUUGGUUUUCAGCCAUAAUGCCACCGUGGCCAUGAGGGACAACAAACUCUGCCUGAUGUGGCGUGUGGGGAACUUAAGGAAAAGCCACCUGGUGGAGGCACAUGUGCGGGCGCAACUUCUAAAGUCCCGGACAACGGCGGAGGGGGAGUACAUCCCCCUGGACCAGAUGGACAUAGAUGUCGGCUUUGACAGUGGAAUCGACCGCAUCUUCCUGGUUACACCCAUCACCAUCGUCCACGAGAUCAACGAGGACAGCCCCUUCUACAACAUGAGCAAACAGGACCUUGAAAACACUGAGUUUGAAAUCGUGGUCAUCCUGGAAGGCAUGGUUGAGGCGACCGCCAUGACCACACAGUGCCGCAGCUCAUACGUCUCCAGCGAGAUCCUCUGGGGCCAUAGGUUCGAGCCAGUGCUCUUUGAGGAGAAAAACUACUACAAGGUCGACUACUCACGCUUCCAUAAGACAUACGAGGUGCCCAGCACCCCUCUGUGCAGUGCGAGAGACUUUGCAGAGAAAAAAUACAUUCUCACAAACUCUAAUUCCUUCUGCUACGAAAACGAGAUGGCGCUAGAGAACAAAGAGGACACUGAUGAGGGGAACGGGGGCAGCGUUGGGCCCGACGGCACCCAGACAGACAAUAUCUCAGAGACUGAACACAGCCAGGCCACGGUGCCGCUGGAGCCCCGGCCUCUGAGACGAGAAUCAGAAAUAUGAGUGUUCAGACCUCAUGUGAGGGAUUUUCUAAAAUCAACUCUGCUCUGAAAGGCCGAGCUGGGCCUUGGGUAGAGGACAAGUCGAACGGUACUGCUGUGAGAAGCGGCGAAGGGUUAGGGCUUUGUGUGUAAGAGUCUGCUUGAACUUUGAUUACAUACAGUAUGACAAAACACAGCACUAUGAAACAUAUGCAUAUCACAAGGAAGAAUUCUCAAUGAAGUCCCCAUGAAUGUGUGCUCAGUGUCUGCUGACUGCAAGGUGACAGACAGGAAGGAAGUUGUUGAAAUGACUUGAAAAUGGCAGGCAUGUCUCAGUUUCUCUGUCCGGCAUGAACAAGAUGUUUCAGAAAGGUGUUUUUUUUAUAGUUAGAAUAUUUUUAAGUGCUGCUAGAAGUGCCUUCUCUUAGAACCAAAGAGUAAAUGAACGAUACAUGAAUGCAACAAAGAAAGUACGAGUAGAGUAUUUGUUCACGAGCUGGUCUCAUAGCAGACAUCACAGAAGUCGGAAAUGUUCUGUAUGUAACAAAGUAGAAGACUUUAGUGAUUUCCUCUGACUUGACCGCAACGGUUUUCUGCUUUAUCCUUUGCAGUUUUUACAAAUGUGAGAUACUGUUCAUUGCUGGCCGGACUGAUAGAAACAUGCCUGCUCAUGUCAAGAGACUGAGCAGGGUAGUAUUAACAAACUGACAACACAUAAAUUACUUUAAUUUGAGUGAUAUGAAAAUCUGAAUGUCCUUAAAAGUGCUGCUAUAAUGUUGCUUAUUUUAUUCUUUUGUUUUACAGCUGAUAAAAAAAUACCAAAGAGUGUUAUUAUCAUAGUUAUGAGUUUCUUAAAAACAACACCUGCUUAGAUUUGGUACAGUGGUAGAACGUUUAGGAAGUUUUACUAAGGGUUUGUUUUUUGAGAAUGUGUGUACAGUUUCUUUCUUUUUUUACGACAAUUAUCUUUAUUUUGAGCCAUUUCAUCAAGCCUUAACCUACAAAGUGAAGAUGUAUAAAUAACCCAAAGUUGCAAAGGACAUUAAACAGGAUUUAAAAGUUCUGUGGUGUUUGAUGAACUAAAAUAAAAACUGACUGAUAUUUGAAGGAUUUUCAUAGUCAAAUUGCACCAAAAAAAAUAUUUUUAAUGCCAAACUCGCUUUAUAAGUUAUAUAAAAUGAAGUGGAAUGUGGUGAAAGCACUUCUUUCAAAACGGUCUCCUUUCUAAUAUCUGAUUCUGAUACAGUGUUAUGAUUGGAGAUUGUAAAAACUGUCUUGCUAAAAGUAGUUUUUGCCAAAAUAUCUAAUCUCCAAGUAAGAUAUUUUUACAUUUUCAAUGCCACAUUCCCUUUUUGACUUCAGAUCAGCAUACUCUAUCAUCAACACUGCUUUCAUUCUCUGUUGUGAUGUUUAUGUUUCAUAUCAGAAUGUGAGAUUUAAAAAAAGCGUAGUUCACAGCCAAAUGUACUGUAACCCUGGCCUAUGAAGGUGUACUGCACAAGAGUUUGCAUCAAUACUAAAUGUAUCUUCUUUUUUAAAUGAAAACCUUGACUGAAGGCCACUGGGCUCCAUACAUCCUACAUGUGUAAAUACCUCCCUCCCUGCUGCAGUUAUUUUGUAUAAGUUUUCCAAAUGUACUGCAAAACCAUGGAAUGUACAGAUUUUUGUAUUAUUUUAUUAUAAUUAUUAUUGUUCAUUAUAUUUUGUUCUUUUUUCAAUAAAAGGU